AUGAGGAUGGAUCAUAUUUUUGCUGUCUUACAGUGUAAAUCAGGGGAAGACAUUUCAACCAAAGAAGAGGAAGACUCAUCCAUCAUCUGGGAGCAAGGUCAGUGCAUUGGUUAUCACAUAUAUCAUCUGGGUUCUCACCUUGAAAAGUUCAUCACAACCACUCUUGGAAGUGGCAUCCUCAGAGAAGCUGUGAAACUACCUCCUGGUGAAGACAUUAACGAGUGGUUUGCCAUUAACACCAUAGAUUUCUACAACCAAAUAAACAUUCUGUACCGUACUCUUGAAGAAUUCUGCACACCCACAACUUGCCCAAUCAUGAAUGCUGGAUCCUUAUAUGAGUAUAGAUGGGCAGAUGGAAUUACUAUAAAGAAACCAAUAAAAGUUUCUGCUCCUGAGUACGUUGAAUAUCUCAUGAACUGGACUGAAUCUCAGAUCGAUAACGAAGCCAUCUUUCCCCAAAACCAUGGUAGCCGUGAAGCUAAACUCUUAGUGUUAAAACGUCUUUCAUUAGAACACUUUGUUUAUAUUUUUCAUCCUUCUUCAGGAGUGCCAUUCCCACCAAACUUUAAGGAUUGCGUGAAGCUGAUUUUGAAGAGGUUGUUUCGUGUUUAUGCACACAUCUAUCACUGUCACUUCAAGAAGAUUGUGGGUUUGGAGGAAGAAGCUCAUCUCAACACUUGCUUCAAGCAUUUUGUUCUCUUCAUAUCUGAGUACCAGUUGAUCAAUGAAGCAGAGUUGGCUCCUCUUAAAGACCUCGUGGAAAAGAUUCUGAACCCAUAG